UGACCCUGCGCGGCGGCGGCGGCGGCGGCGGGAGCGGCGGCGGCGGGCGGCUGCUGCCCGUUUCCUGGUGGCCCGGGGCGGGGAGGAGGCGAGGGAGGAGAGGGAGAGGAUGCGGCGCAGGUCCCGGCUGCUGCUGUGCUUCGCCUUCCUCUGGGUGCUGGGCAUCGCCUACUACAUGUACUCGGGCGGCAGCGCCGCGCUGGCCGGCGGCGGCAGGAAGGAGGACCCAAAUGACGUUGACCCCAAAAGGAAAGAUGUGCAUGUCAGUGAUGGGGAAGACAAGGCACAAAGUGUGGAGACGUUACCUCCAGGAAAAGUUCGGUGGCAAGAUUUUGAUCAAGAUGCUUAUGUUAGCGCUACUAUGGUGCGAUCUGGUCAGGAUCCAUAUGCCCGCAACAAGUUCAAUCAGGUAGAAAGCGACAAACUUCGAAUGGACAGAAACAUUCCUGAUACAAGGCAUGAUCAGUGUCAACGGAAACAAUGGCGGAUAGAUUUGCCAGCCACUAGUGUGGUGAUCACCUUUCAUAAUGAAGCAAGAUCUGCUUUGCUUCGAACUGUCGUCAGUGUCCUUAAAAAAAGCCCGUCACAUCUAAUUAAGGAAAUCAUACUGGUAGAUGACUACAGUAAUGAUCCUGAUGAUGGUGCUCUCUUGGGAAAAAUUGAAAAAGUGCGGGUUCUUCGAAACGAUCGCCGAGAAGGCUUGAUGCGCUCUCGUGUCAGAGGGGCAGAUGCAGCACAAGCAAAAGUACUGACCUUCCUGGAUAGUCACUGUGAAUGCAAUGAACACUGGCUGGAACCACUUUUGGAAAGAGUAGCUGAGGACAAGACCAGAGUUGUGUCUCCUAUUAUUGAUGUAAUUAAUAUGGACAACUUCCAGUACGUGGGGGCGUCAGCUGAUUUAAAAGGCGGUUUUGACUGGAACCUGGUGUUCAAAUGGGAUUACAUGACACCAGAGCAAAGAAGAGCACGGCAAGGAAACCCAGUUGCUCCCAUAAAGACACCCAUGAUAGCUGGUGGGUUGUUUGUGAUGGAUAAAUCCUAUUUUGAAGAACUAGGAAAGUAUGACAUGAUGAUGGAUGUUUGGGGUGGAGAAAACUUAGAGAUCUCAUUCCGAGUUUGGCAAUGUGGUGGGAGCCUAGAAAUCAUCCCUUGCAGCAGAGUUGGUCACGUAUUCCGCAAACAGCAUCCGUACACAUUUCCUGGUGGGAGUGGUACCGUAUUUGCAAGAAAUACACGCAGGGCAGCAGAAGUAUGGAUGGAUGAAUACAAAAACUUCUAUUAUGCAGCAGUGCCUUCAGCCAGAAAUGUACCUUAUGGCAAUAUUCAAAGCCGAAUGGAACUCAGAAAGAGACUUAGCUGCAAGCCCUUCAAGUGGUAUCUCGAAAAUGUUUAUCCUGAGUUGCGGGUACCUGAUCAUCAAGAUAUAGCUUUUGGGGCUUUGCAGCAGGGUACCAAUUGCCUUGAUACUUUGGGCCAUUUUGCGGAUGGUGUUGUUGGAGUUUAUGAAUGUCAUAAUGCCGGAGGAAACCAGGAAUGGGCCUUAACAAAGGACAAGUCAGUGAAACACAUGGAUUUGUGCCUUACUGUUGUGGACAGAGCACCUGGUUCACUAAUAAAACUUCAGGGCUGUAGGGAAAAUGACAGCAGACAGAAAUGGGAACAAAUUGAAAGCAACUCUAAACUGAGGCACGUUGGCAGCAACCUCUGUCUAGACAGCCGAAAUGCCAAAAAUGGUGGUCUCACCGUUGAGAUCUGCAGUCCCUCUUUGUCACAACAGUGGAAGUUCACACUUAAUCUGCAGCAGUAGAACUUACAAGCAAAAUGCUGUUUCAAUUCAUAGACAUUGGGCAAAGUUUUGAUUGAAUUACUGAUGUAUUUCUUAAAACUUUCCACGGAACUUAUAUACCUCAGUAUUCCAUCUUUAUCUGAAAGUAGGAGAGUGCUGAAGCAGACACCAGGGAAUCGGUGGACUUGGAGCACUGCAAAGAUUUCACUGAACAUGGCUGCAGCACAGUUCCUUCUUGGUGUGAAGACUUCAACAGUUCCUUUCUGUCUUCAGUUACAUACUUGCACAGCAGAUAAUUAACUCUAGGAACAACUGAUGUAUGAUAGAAAAAGGAUCUCAAAAAAACACCUGUGGGGGACAGGGUGUGGGAGGGAGGGUGGGAAAAAUUACUAGGAGAAGGUCAUUUGAAAUUUCCAUUUGCAUAGAGAUCAUUGUUUGUUGUUUCCAGAAACAGAAGUGUCAUUUUGAAGGGUUUUUUUCCUGUGUGUACUUGGUAAUUUGAAUAUGAACUUUUCUAUGAUGGACUCUAAAUAUAAAUAUAUAAAAAUAUAUAUAUAUUGUCAGCUCCCAAUGAUUUAUAUCAAUUUUCAUCACCCUAUAAUUAUCAACAAAUUCAUUGACGUAUGUAUAGCCAGAAAUUGGAUCGGAAUGCUAGGAGAGUGAAACUCAAUGAAGGUGUGGAUUUUGCGCAGCUGAGUAUGAUGUCCGUGCUAACACUGGAUGCUUUUGCUUUGCAAACUGGAUCUACUUCUUAAUGCUUCGCCCUCACUGGAGAUCAUGAAACUCAGGAGGAGAAAGAAAAUAGCAGAAUAAGCCAAUGCAUCUGCACAGAUGAUUGCUCGGAUUGUUUAUUCCUACUUGGAAAUUCAUUACAUGCGCUCUGGAUAUCGUUAAUCUUGUACUUGGUAUUUGUGUUCAUCAUUUCUGUAAUAUUAUGUUCUUAAAAAUACUUCCUUUGUUACAAAAUUGUACGAACAGUGCAGAUCUUUCACAGAUGCAGCCAUGUGGGUUCAGCACAAUUUUAUUCUGGGCCCUAAUCAGAAAAAAAUUCUGUCUCAAGCUCCCCUUUUGAAUUCUAAGAUGGAAUAGUAAUGUCACUGUUGACAGCACAAGGUCUGAAUUUUAAUUUGCAAGGAUGAGCAGCCAAAUAAUCUCUCUGAAUUGCACUUGCUUAAUUUAUAGGCCUACUACUGCGGUAUUCCCCCCCCUUUUUUUUCAUUAAAUGAGGCUUUUGAAUGUAUUCAGGCUUGGCUCUGGGAAUCAGUCUGGAUACCAGCAGAUCCUCUAUGGUGUUUUUAACCAUAAACCCAUGCAUUUUUACAGCUUCAAUCCAGCUGAUGUCAUUUUUAUAUUAAAAUAAUACUAUCAAAGUUAACCUCAACUUUUAUCUGUCCUUUCUUAUAUCUGCGUAGACUAUUUACUAUUUUUAUUAAAAGCAAAUGCUUCAUUUAGCUUUUAAAAUGAAAAAGAAAGGUGAAUAACUUGUUCCAGCACUAAUAAGUGACAGAGCAUCGACCAAAAAAAAAAAAAAAUAAGAGCGCAGACUUGCUAGGAAGUGGGUUUGGUAAGAUAUGGAUCUCGGGGGGGAUAAAUGUAAGGGUUGAUCAUAAGGAGAUGAAAAUUUGCUGUACUGCAUAAUGCUGAUACGGUUCCCUUCUUUCUUUGUUUCUGGAAGUAGAAUAGUUCCUGAUUUUUCAGUUUCCUUUGGCUGCAUCUAUACACUAAGUGUAGAAGUGGUACUUUUAUGGGCAAAAUGACUUUGUCAGUCAGCAUGCCCACAAAUAUCUUGUGUCUCAUCUCUGAAGUUAUGACCUGCAAGUACCUGCAUACCUUUUGGAUGGGGACAUUACAUACAGCUUCUCCCAUCCAUCAUCUGACUUCUUAAUAGAGAUAAUACUUUUUUUUUUUUUUGCUUCUUCACAGUCUACUUUCCCCAAAUCUAGCCUGUUUUAGAGGCCAUGCAGUGGAUAAACUAGUUUUCAGCUUCGUCCCUCCCUAUCUGUAGCCUUUUAACCUAGGUGAGAACUUGAGGUACAUGAUUCAUAAACAUAGCAGUAGAUUUCUUAAUAUUCUGGAGAAUAAAUGCUGAUAUAUGGGCUCAGCAGCAAGUCAGUUGUUGGAGGUUUUGAAAAAACAGAAUUUAGAAGAAAAAACACUCAGCUUCUGCCAUGGAUGUAUUUCCACUUGCAACUUUGAUCAUAAUAAAUAGUGCUAACUGAAAUCAGCAGUUGCAACUCUGAAUAUUGACCUGCCUUUUAACUCUGAGGCAGAACUGAAAGUAAAAAAAAAAAAAAUCCUUAUUCCACCUUUUAAGUCUUUAGUGUCAACUGGUAUUAUAUUAAAGUAGGAAUAUUUUCGCUAAUUCCCCAUGGAUGCUGUGCAUAGGGGUCUUAAUAUAGGAGCUGUAUGCUAAAGACAGCAUUACUUUUCUUUGAGAGAACAGACAAGAAGUGGUAUCGUUUUGUUAUGUUUACAUGACAGUGUGCCAAAGUUACGUACUGUGAUUUUAGGGGUUUUUAAUGUUUAAGAAAUUUGCCCAUUUGAAAGAUAAAUUAAGAGCCCUUGAAGCAAAUUGUGAUGGAGUCUUCUGAGAACUUUUCUUACUGUCUUCAGAGCAAGAAUGGUGAUAUUGUUUGUUUUGCAGAUUUUCAAAACAUAGUUUGGAAACUGUUUUUUCAGUUGGUUUGAAAAGUCUGCUGUACAGAGCUUGUACUUUGUUCAUUUUAUAGAUGGAAACCAUCCUUGAAAAAUUGUUUAACUUAAAUAAAGAAGAAUGCUUUAUA